AUGAAAAAGCAAUCAACUAAUAGUCAAAAUAGUUCAGUUGGGUUCAAUAGGACUUAGGUGUUUGAGUAAAAGGCUGAACAAUCCAACCCUUUUGAAAAAACACUUAAAUCAAUUACCACAGACAGAAAGGCUUUGAUUUAAAGUUUAUUAGAUGCAAAUGCAAAUUCAAAUUUGGAGCAACAUCCACACAAUCAAAGGGUCUUCACAAAAACUAUGACUGUAGAAGCCAAGGUAGAUGAAAUAAAAUUUGAUAACAUUCCAGGAGUGUUAUAACAGAAAAAAUUUAAUUAUGGUAAUGUGUAUAAAGAAAGAUCUAAAAAAAAUCCCUAUGUCAUCAUUUAAUCUUUGGUUAGACGAUUCUUAGCCAAGAAGUUAGUCAAUGAAAGAAAGAAAUAUUUUUAGAAAUUGCUCAAAGAAGAUUAAAAGAUUACUAUUGUGGACAAAUGGGUGAAUGAUGAAAAAAAUUGGGCUAAAUCUGUUAUCUCGAAGCUCAAGGUUUAACCAAAAUAGCAAAAUCAGGAAAGAAAAACCAUUUCUGGUUUGGAUAAAAACAACCCAUUUUAUCACACAUAGAUUGAGAUAAUGGGUGAAAUGGGUGUGUUAGAAAGAGAUGAUUUUAUAGAAAUCAAUCCCGCUACUGCAUUUGCUAAUCCAGCCAUUCCAAUCACAGAAGAUAUUAAAAUGAAAAAACCUCCUCUUACCAGACUCAGACCUAAAUCUGCCUAUUAGAGUUAGGUUAAACCUAAAAUUAUGCCAAUCCAAUUACCAAAUGAUAAUUGUCAAAUUUGGAAAGCAUUUUACAAGAAAAAAUACGGAAGAGAGAGUUUGCAUGAUCUUUCAAUGAAGGAAAUAAAAAUCACAGAUGACUAUAUCAAAAUAGAGAAUCAGGAAGCUGUUAAAGACAAGGCCAGAAUUAAUAAAGUAAAUAAAAUAUUGGAGAAAGAAGUGCCAAAAGAACUUAAAGUUUAGAAAUAAAAAUAAACUUCAUCCAAAAAGAAAUAAUUGGAAGACAGCAUAGAAGAUGAAGUUCAAAGUGAAUAAGUCUAAUCAGAAAUAGCUGAUGAAGUGGAGGAAGAGAUCCCAGAAGAAGAAGAUAUAGAAGAGGCAGUUGAAGAAGAUGGAGUUGUGGAAGAGAUUGAAGACAUCUAAUCAUCUCAAAUCAAGGAAGAAUCUAUAGUUUAAGAAUCCUCUGUAAUUAGAGAAUCUAUUCCAUCAGCUUAGAAGAGUUCAAAAAUCAUUAAGGAAUCCAUUCAAGAGGAUUAUGGAGAUGAUUUCGAGGUUGAAGAAUCACAAAAAAUUAAGACUCAAUAAUCUUAAUAUGAAGAUGAUCAAUUUGAUUCCUAUCAUAGUCAAAUGGAAGGUGAUGCUCAAAGAAGGAAGGCUACUCCAAAAUCUAUUAGUGACAAAGCCAUAAUCUCACCUUAAACAUUUGUACCUGAAAUCAAAUCAGUCCCUAUUGAAAUUGAACCAGGGUGGACUACCAAAAGAGCUAAUUUAGAGGCAGAAAUAUUACUGAAAAAUUACAAGGAAAAGUACUCUUAAUUAAGAGAAGUGGAAAUUAAGGAUGAAGAUUUUGAACCACUCAAAUAGGAACAUAGAGAUCUAAAAUUCAUUCAAUAAUAAGUUAACAAUCUAAUUUCCCACACUGGAGAAUUCUAUAAAGGUUGGAAAGAUGCUGUCAAUCCCUAACCUAGUUAAUCAGCUGACAAACUAUAUGCUUAAUUCCAAUAUGAAUUUUAAAGACUCUUAUCUAUGAAUAGUUUAGGAACAAGAUUCAGCAAAAUAUUAUAAUAAACAAUCGUUAAGGAUGUUCCUGUUGGCAAUGUUAAGAAUAUUAUGAGUGGAAUAGAUUAAUAAAUGUAAAUUGUUUAGCAAGUCUUAGAGAAUCUAUUAUUCUAAGUGCAAUAAAUCUUUGAUUUCAAAUCAACCAUGGAAGAAAUGAGAUUGUACAGAAAAGAAAUGGAUUAAAAAUUAUAGUGGUUACUAUUCAAAUAGGAUAAACUUAUUAAUAAUCAAUUAGGAAAAUAAUUAGAAGAAAGAGAUAGAGAUUUGAAAAAAUUCAUUGCAGCUUUAUUUGAAAAAUAAAGAUUGGAAUUCGGAUCAAGAAAACUAGCAGCUACUGUUGAUCCUCAUUCACUAUCUGAAGCACUUUUAAAGAACUAAGGUAUAUUGUCAUAUAAAUUUGAAUAAUCUGCAUAGUCCAAGAAGGAUUCAAGUGUUGGUAAGCAAAGAGAUAAAAGAAGUGCGAGGGAGGAAUCCUAUUACUAGGCAGACUUUGAAGGUGAAGAAUCUGAAAGGAUUAAGACUGAAAAGUCAGAUUAAAAUAUUUAUGAAUAAUCAUAUAAAAACAGUAUUUCAGAAGAUAGAGAGGUAGAUGACGGAUCAUAAUAAUCAGAUAUAGAUUGGUAGACAGAUAUUAAUGUGUUUGAAAAUACUCAGAAUUCUUUUGUUGAUAAGAAAGAUUUAGAUGUUUAAUAGAUUGUUGAGUACCUUUAAGAACAAUUGCUAAAGGAAAUUUUGGAGGAUCCAUUUCCAGUUAGAGGUCAAUUACAAAAUUCUCAAGUUAAAAAUGAGUCCAAUAUAUCUUCAUAAUAUAGUCAAUCUUUUGAGGAGGAAUCAUUAUCAGCUUCUAAAGAAGUAGUCCCAGAACCAAAAUAGCCUCCUCCUCUUACAGUAAAGCCUAUUCAAACUAAAGAAAAAGUAGAUGAUUUUGGCAUGGGCAAGUCUGCUAUAAAUAGAGAUGAGUUAUCAAGAGAAUUUGAUUUGACUGAUAAUUCUUAGUUUCCUGAAUAAUCCGAAAAUAAAGAGGAAGGUAAGGAAAUUAAGUUGGUUGCAGAUUUUAGAUAUUAAAAUUUUGUAAAAUAAAUUCUUGAUAAGUAUGGUAAGAUGCUUGAAGGAAAAGAAAAGCAAGUAUUGACUAAAUUCCAAUCAAUUAUGAAAAAAUACAAAAAUGAUAAAACCUAACCAUUAGGAUAUUUGUUAUCUACAGAGUUUAAGUUCAUAGAUAAAAAAUAGGUGAAUGAAGAGUAGGGAUUCUAAAUUGUGCAAUCUUUGGAGGAACAAUUAUGUGAAUAAUUUUUAAAAGAAUACAAUGAUGGCUCAAAGUUGGAUAUCAAAAGUGCACUAGAAUAAGCCAAGGUUGUAGUUCUGAAGAUAACAGAAAAAAGAAUCCCAGUAGAUGCUUUUAGCUCUUCCUACAAUCUAAAUCAAAUUUAUAAUCAUGCUUAGAGAAAACCCCCUGCAAAAGAAUGUCCUCUCAAUUAGGAAUUGGCUGAUGUCUACAUCAAUGAGGAGAUGGAUAAAUUUGGCAAUGAAGCUACUGAAUUCAUUCUAAAACAAAUAGCUAGGACUACGAUGGCCGACUUUGAUAAAAUUCUACUAAAGAAAAAGAAGUGAGGCCUAUUUUAAAAUUAGAAUUUUCAUAAUAAUUUGUA